AUGGGAAACACAACUUGGCUUGACAAGCUCCAAGAGCAACUCAAGAUUGAUAUCGACUGCGUGGACCCCGCGGAGGCCAAGCGCUUUCUCCCCUUCAAAUUCUAUGAUCAAACAAGCAACCAGCGUCUGGUUUACGAGCAGAUGAUCGCUCCCGAGAACCACGAAUUAUUCCUCAAGACAGUUAAGGAUGGCAAAGACGAGGGGUGGGAGGUGAUCCUUGACCGCAUGAGUGCUCUCCUAUGCGCCAAGAACAUUGAGAACAUCCAGGGUCGAGUCCUGCUUCAGACUUCAGCUUUCCACGCUUACGACACGGAGAAAAUCAUCGCCCACGCCCGUUCCUACGCCCGGGAGUUUGAGAAGCUCGGCAUCCCCAAGGACCGCAUCUGCAUCAAAAUCCCCGCUACUGGUCCCGCUCUCAACGCGGGCCCGAUACUCCUCAAAGAAGGCAUUCGCACACUGGGAACUUCCUUGUUCUCUGUUUCUCAGGCAAUUGCCGCCAGUCAAGCUGGAUGCCUUUCCAUCAGCCCCUAUUACAAUCUGCCCUGGUAUCACGCGGACAAGGCCAAUCAGUGGCCGAAAACCGAUGAUCCUGCUCUUGAGCAUCCCAUGUCCUCGAGAAUCAUUCAGAUGCAGCAAGUCUACAAGCGUCUCCGAGAAGAAACGGGAAAAGAACAGCCCCUGUUGAAGCCCGCAAGCUUCAUUUCUGCCAGUGAAGCCAUGGCAAUGGGCGAAUUCGGGUGCGAGCAUGCAACAAUCCCUGAAGACAUCCUGCUACGACUCUCUCUGCUUGAUGCCGAGGCCAACCCGCCUCCAGGCGAUGACGCUCCCAAGCGCACCGGCGUUCCAUCUCCUCGUGUCGCUCACUUGGCGUCAACAGACCCUCUCGCUGGACCCAACUGGGAUGGUAAGUUGGCGUCAACUGAUGUUGACUAUCUUGCAGACGAUGGAGCGGCUUUGGAAAAGGCCAUUGCAGAGGACCCUGUAACCGAGAGGGGCCUUCGCGAAGCGCUGGCGAUGUUCCAGUCCAGUGAGCUGCAGAGCAAGAAUGCUAUCGAAGAGUUGUUGAAGCAGGCAUAA